CAAGCGCGGACCUCGCCGGCAACUCGGGUAAUCAGCCCUCGCUGAUUGGCUCGUCCGCUAGAAGCUCUCGUGCGUCGGUCGGGACUUGGAACAGGCGAGCAACUGCACGACAUCAAAGGAGGUUCAAAUUAUUUCCCUGAUGCUCACCACCUCCCCCUCCAAACCUCGUUAGACGACAAUGGCUUCCACAAUGGCUUGGAGGCGCCUAGCCGCGGCGCCGGCGCUCUCGCGUGCCGCCAGAAACCCGAUCCGCGCAUUUUCCACAACACGGCCAGUCGCCCGCGUCAUCGCCAACGGGCCGCUCCGUGCGAAGGAGGCGUCCCCGUUCGUAAGCAGCAAGUACCCGGUCAUCGAUCAUGAGUACGACGCCAUCGUGGUCGGUGCCGGCGGUGCCGGUCUGCGUGCUGCCUUCGGUCUUGCCGAGGCCGGCUUCAACACGGCUUGCAUUUCCAAGCUCUUCCCCACUAGAAGCCACACGGUCGCUGCCCAGGGUGGCAUCAACGCCGCUCUCGGCAACAUGCAUGAGGACGACUGGCGGUGGCACAUGUACGACACGGUCAAGGGCUCCGACUGGCUUGGCGACCAGGACGCCAUUCACUACAUGACCCGUGAGGCUCCCGCCUCCAUCGUCGAGCUUGAGAACUACGGCUGCCCCUUCUCCCGGACCGAGGAUGGCAAGAUCUACCAGCGUGCUUUCGGUGGUCAGUCCCAGAAGUACGGCAAGGGCGGCCAGGCCUACCGCUGCUGCGCCGCCGCUGACCGUACCGGCCACGCCCUGCUCCACACCCUCUACGGCCAGUCGCUCAGGCACAACACCAACUACUUCAUUGAGUACUUCGCUAUCGACCUGAUCAUGCAGGACGGCGAGUGCCGUGGUGUCUUGGCGUACAACCAGGAGGACGGCACGCUGCAUCGGUUCCUCGCCAACAACACCGUCCUGGCCACCGGUGGCUACGGCCGCGCCUACUUCAGCUGUACCUCGGCCCACACCUGCACCGGUGACGGCAUGGCCAUGGUCGCCCGUGCCGGUCUGCCCAACCAGGAUCUCGAGUUCGUCCAGUUCCAUCCCACUGGUAUCUACGGGGCCGGCUGCCUGAUCACCGAGGGUGCUCGCGGUGAGGGUGGCUACCUCCUCAACUCGGAGGGCGAGCGCUUCAUGGAGAGGUACGCCCCGACGGCCAAGGAUCUUGCCAGCCGCGACGUCGUCUCGCGUUCCAUGACCAUGGAGAUCCGCGAGGGCCGCGGUGUCGGCCCCGAGAAGGACCACAUCUACCUCCAGCUCAGCCACUUGCCCCCCGAGAUCCUCGCCGAGCGUCUCCCCGGUAUCUCGGAGACCGCCGGUAUCUUUGCCGGCGUCGACGUUCGCAAGCAGCCCAUCCCCGUCCUUCCCACCGUCCACUACAACAUGGGCGGCAUUCCGACCCGCUACACCGGUGAGGUCCUUACCGUGGACGAGAAUGGCAACGACAAGGUCGUCCCCGGUCUCUUCGCCUGCGGUGAGGCUGCCUGCGUCUCCGUCCACGGUGCCAACCGACUGGGUGCCAACUCGCUGCUCGACCUGGUCGUCUUCGGCCGUGCCGUCUCGCACACCAUCCGCGACAAGUUCACCCCCGGCGCCAAGCUGAAGCCGAUCGAGGCCGACGCCGGCGCCCAGUCGAUCGAGACGCUCGACAAGAUCCGCAACUCGAACGGGCCCAAGUCCACCGCCGAGAUCCGCCUGGCCAUGCAGAAGACCAUGCAGCGCGAGGUUAGCGUCUUCCGUACCCAGGAGAGCCUGGACGAGGGUGUCAGGCAGAUCACCGAGGUCGACCAGAUGUUCUCGCAGGUCGGCAUCAAGGACCGCAGCAUGAUCUGGAAUUCGGACCUCGUCGAGACCCUUGAGCUCCGCAACCUGCUCACUUGCGCUGUGCAGACCGCCGUCUCGGCCGCGAACCGCAAGGAGUCCCGUGGCGCCCACGCCCGUGAGGACUAUCCCGAGCGCGACGACAAGAACUGGAUGAAGCACACGCUCAGCUGGCAGAAAACGCCGCACGGCAAGGUCGAGCUCUCGUACCGCCGCGUCAUCGACACCACCCUCGACGAGAACGAGUGCAAGCCCGUGCCCCCGAUGAAGCGUGUCUACUAAACAGAGUCGAUGCAUACCCGAAUGUGUGUGCCAAGACUUGACUGUUGGGCCGCGCGCGUGUGGGGAGGCUGCCUGAUGUGACUUGUCCUCUGAUCGGAACGGGGGAGUCAAGUCGAUUCGGGCGGAGAAAAAAAAAUAACAGGCGAGCGCUCAGAAUGGACUGCCUAAGAAGGUCGGUGUGGUG